UUUACCAAUAACGGUGCUUCUCCCCUGUUACUGAAGCGCAUUAAAGCCCAGUUUUGUUAUUUGGCUUGCCAAUAACUCAGACUUAUAGUAACGUUAGCCUUCAAAUGUAUAACUCCCUGCAAUGCGACAUCUGAAGAGGUCGUUUGACCAGCUGUAGUAGGUUUGUGCUAACAACACUCCACAUUGUCUCCACACUGUUGCUGCUUCUCAAGGCCUGUACAGACCCCUGAAGUGUGUGAGAGGCUGGCUGCAGGAUGAAUCCACUUCACUGGGAAGAUAAUCUUUGGAGACUGCCCAGAAAUCUGGACCCAAAUCACCAAAGUGGUGUUAAUUACAGCAGUGGAAGCGCCUCCACAAUUAGGGACACUUACUGCCAAUACUCAAGAUACACAGUUGAUGAACCACACAGCAGCACGGAAGUGAAUGUAGGAUGGAAUGAACUCAAUCCUCCCUCCCAUAACUUUUACAGUAAGGAGUCAGAAGCCGAGGACACAGACGGAGCACCACUGGAGAUGGAUGAGGAGGAUCCAGAGCUGACAAGAAAGAGGAAACAGCUUAAAGAGAUAGAAGAGCAAAUAAUGCGCAAGAAAUUUUCCAUAGCUCUGAAAACAGUUGAACCAAUCAUAAAGAAGACAAUGUCACACGGUUAUUCUAGUAAUAAACAGUCAGAUACAUGUAAAGGUGAAACUCUUAGAGACAGGGUGAAUGCAAUUUUGCAGCAACGGCACUCUCUCAGCUUUGUGACAAAGUCAGCAGAAAAGAGACUGAACUCAUCCCGCCUUAGCAAAGGUGGUGGUGUGCUGCAGGAGGAUCAUCCACUGAAGCUCAGAGUGAAAGCACUGAUGAAGCAGAGGUUAAGUGACCCCUGUGACCCCCUGCCACCAGCAAACUGCAAGGUCCCUGAUGUCACACCACUUCCUCCCAGCCAAAGUGUUAAUUCAUCAGCCCAGGAGGGGAGCAGCACCAACCAGGGCUAUCAGCGCUUCCUCGAUGUGCUCAACAAAGGAGUGGACAUCAACCUGCUGGACAAGGUUCCUGAUGCCACACCAAUUCCUCCAAGCCAAAUUGUUCCUUCACCAGCCCAGGAGGAGAGCAGCGCCAACAAAGGCUUUCAGCGCUUCCUCGACAUGCUCAACAAAGGAGUGGACAUCGAGUUGCUCAGUAGGAUUGUCAAUGAUGACAGUGAAGACCUCACUUUAGACCCCCCGAAUCUUCAGAUCCCUGUUGUGGAGAGAAAUUCACAUCUUCCUUUUAUGAGUGAGAGUCAGCAAUCCCACAGUGGAACCCCUCCACUGUCGAGCCACAGUCGGACCAAAAGUGGAGAGAGUAAAGCUGACCCGCUGAGUCGAGAGCAAUCCCACAAUGAGAGCCGCUCGCUGCCUGAUGAGGUGAAGAAGAAUAACGUAGGAGGCCCCUGUUUUGGCUCGAGCAGUCGAUCAAAGUCUCCCCCGGCAGUGAAGAAGACAAAGAAAGUAGAAGAAGUAAAACCAAAGGUGGAUGAGCAGCAGGAACAACUCCAAAACAUUCUUAAAACUCUGGGGUUGAGCCUGGAAGUGGAGGAGAUGAGUAAGCUAGCGGAUCGGACUCAGGAGAGGCUGUACGGUAAGAAGCACGACGAAGGACGGAGGCCUGACACUACAGAGGAGCAGGAGAGUCAAUUGAGGGAUUCCCACAAACAUUACAGCAAGUCCUCUUCCUCCACCUCCUCAAGGUCCUCCUCUAGUAGCUUUAGUCCAAGCCCCUCUCGCCAACCAUGCUCUCACAGCCAAGAAAGAGGAAGAGCGUCUGAACUCAGCCACUCGAGAGACAGAAGCCGAAACCUCAUAACAUGUGGAGAUGGCAGUCUGGACAACCAAGACGCACAGAGGCACAUGGACAAAGAUGGAAAAGACUCCAAAGAAAUGUCUUUUCAACAUCCGUAUCCACAAAACCAAUCGUAUCCCCCUGUCCACCCGCCUACUUUUCAUCCAUAUCCAGAUUACAGUAUGGCUCGAUACUCUGAGCACACCAUGUACCACAACGGCUCUUACAGCACUGCCACAAAUUCUUACUGGACAUAUUCUCAGGAUGCCGUUCCUUCUCCCCUUCAUCCCAGCGGAUAUCGUUAUCCACAGAGCAGCUACCAUCACUUCCCUAUCCCUGUAAUGACACCUAACUCUCAUCAGAACCCUCUUGAUGACAUUAACUUACUUGUGAAUCCAGAUCUUUCUAAGAGCGAAGGCCAGAUGGGAUCAUCUUCUGGCCCUCGCUGCCUCCAGGUUAUCAGGACUAAGAGUUGUCUAAAACAGCUCACAAAGAGUUGUAGGCGGAAGGGGAUGGGCCAAAAUAAAAAACGUCCUCUCGCUAAUCCAGACCCGCCUGAUAGCGAAGGCCCUAGUGAAUUGUUUGAUGACCCUGACUGCGUCAAAAUCUUCACUGUAACCUCGAAGAGAGAAUUCAAGAGGAGGAUGAAGUAUGAAACAUGGUUGGAGAACAAAAAAGAAAAGAAACGGUUAAAUAGACGGAAAAAACGAGGAGCAUUAACACAGACGAAGAUGGUACUACGGAGCAAGAAAGAGGACCAGGAAACAGUGCAGCAGUCAGCAGUUGAUCAACCACCAAUUGAGCUGCCAGAGGAGGAAAUACGGCAACUGACAGAGAAGGAAAUAAAAGCAAUCCUGAGGAAAAAGUCAACAGUUGAGCAACCACCAGCUGAGCAGCCAGAUGGGGAAAAACGGCAACUGACAGAGAAGGAAGUAAAAGCAAACCUGAGGAAAAAGCUUGAAGCUUUUAACCAGAUGGCGAAGCAACAAGUCCCUUAGCCAGCUCCUGCACCUGACGGACAGGUGAAAACCAGUGAAGAGUGUCUGCACCUGCUGUGAACCCCAACAGACCACGUGGACCUCUUGUGCACCAUUCACUAUCCACACAUGCAGUUUAGUUUAGAUUUUUAGUGAAUCACCAUUGCUAAAAAAAAAAGAAGUAAAUUCUUGUGCAAU